AUGGCGACUUUCGAAAGUCUGUGUGUCAAAAUUGAACAAGCAGUUAAUCAGUGUCUCGAUUCUCAAGAGUCACUUGAAGAAAAUAUCAAAAAAUGCCUGGUACCGCUUGCAAAUGCAAACAAAGAGAUUGUUGAUUUAAGAAAGGCAACUCUUGAGCAUGUUUUCAAAAAGUUAUCAGCAAGAAUUUCUACAUAUCCACCUGAUCGUCUUAUACCAGCCGCAUUUAGACUACUGAAUCUCGUAUUAGGGUGUCAUGAAGCUGAGAGUUCUCUAUGUGAACAAGCUAUUACUUUGACGAUCUUGGAAGAAUUGAUGGAAACACAACCUCUUGAAGUCUGCGAAAAACUAUAUAGCUUCCUGGAAACAAAUAAGAAAAGGCUGCUUGUGAAUUUGAUACCAACACAAGGAAAGGGUCUAAUCCUAUUAAGACUUUCGAACGAACUAAUACGUAGAGCAUCCAAGUCAAAUCAUAAUGCAUUCCGUGGCAGAAUAUUAAUAUUUUUGUCGAAUACCUACGCACUUGGUGUCAACAAAGGGGGUGAAUGUAAUGUUGAUAAUGUUACGCAUUAUAGUGCAUCACAAAAUGGAGAAGAAGCCGCAUUUUAUAACAUUUUUUGGGGUCUUCAAGCUUAUUUUAGCAAUCCCCCAAAAUUGUUUAAAGACAAUAAUUUAGAAGUUGUUCUUAAUAAUAUUGGCAUCGUUUUAAACAGGUUUGCCGAUAUUAUUGCCCGUGAGAAACUCAAGACUGCUGAAGAGAAUUUAGGAGGAAAUCGAAAUAAUGAUUUUGAAUUUGGACUUCCGUCUCCUCCAAGUGAUGAUGGAUGUGGAAAAAAAAGAAAAUUUAUAGAAACUGAUGAUGAUGAGUCAAUAACUUUUGCUAAGGAUUACGUUAAAUAUUUCCCUAAAUAUUUAUCGAGUUUCGCAUUAUUCGAUAAGGAGAUAUCCGAUCCAAACUUCCGAAGAAUUGUAUUAGUGCAAACUCUUAUUAUAAUGCAAUAUCUCACAGGAUUUUUCCCUGAGGAACAGGCUCGUAUCAACAAAGCGAAAGCACCCCACGAUGCUGCUGCAGUUCAAUUACCUACUUAUACUAUCAUGGAACCACAACAACAUAUGAUCCAAGAAAUAUGGAAUAAAGUCAUUGGACAACUUGAAGAAACAACACCCAAUGGAAAAAAUUUUGUUCGUACAAUACUACAUAUACUUAACAUGGAAAAGCGAUGGAAUUAUUGGAAAUUUGCCGAUAAUUGUUCUUUUGGAUCUGAGAAAGUGAUGAAGGAUAGAGCCGAAAGAGCGCGUGAAGAUUUUGCCGAAGCUUUGAAGAGAAAGGCUAAGAUGAGUAAGCCUAUGGAACCUCUCGAAAAUAAAACGGGUACAAACAAACUUUCUGAAUUUUGGACGAGAAAUGAUAAUGAUGAAGAAUUCAUGGCAGAUACUUCCCGUAAGAUAGUAGCGCCAGAUUUUCUUGAUAUAUAUGAACGAAUAAAGCAGGACGGAUAUCCACCAGAAAUAGGGUUUAUCGUGGAUUCAUCAGAUACUGUGGAAGAAAAGGAACUAAAAGAAAAAUGCUGGGUAAUUAAUCGUUUUUGUUUUAGAUGGUUUAAAUUUGAAUAA